AGCUUGUAGCUAGAUCUAGCCAAGAAGACGUCACCGAUCAUGUUGCCAGCGCUUCGCAUCACUAGACGCGACGGGUGAAUUUGUUAAAUGGAACAUGGAACUGAAGUUAAUUUGUUUAUAAUUGCAUUAUGGGAGAAAAAUUUAAUGGUUUUAGCCACGACGAGAUCAUGAAGAUCACGGGCGUCAGCCAUCCGACAACCAAGAGCCAUAUGGAAGCAGCUCUUCGUAGCCAACCCGGUAUCCGGCGUAUGCCCGAUAAGAUGUUCCGUCAGGCAGAUCAGCUACGGAAACAACAAACCCAAGUGGCCAAGCAAAAGAAAACAGAAACUGCCAAGGAGAAACCAUUGCCCAAACUAGCCACCACUCCCACACCAACGCCCACACCCCAAGGUAAUGCUGUUGAUGAUGUCAAGGCAGAUGAAUCGUUGAAUUUGGAACGUGGCAUUAGUGACUCCCUUGUCGAAGCUCUCUACUUUGGACAUAAGAAGCCAAAUCAACAGACAACAAAUGGAAGUGCCACGUUGGCCCCUUCCUCUGGUAGUGAGACGACGAUCGAUGAUAGUUCAAUUCUAAAGAUAAGCGCCAACACAGCCACCACGGAUGAUGAUAACGCCAACGUCUUACCCAGCACAAAAGGCUCAACGAGCUCCUCGCCACAUCUUAACACAGAUUCACCCUUUAAGGGGAUUUCUCUUAAGGACUUCGAGCAGCAUCGGAAAAUGAUUGAAGAGCAAAAUAAACAAAAGAAACAAAUGCUCUAUCAGGCCAUUGAGCAACAUACUCAAAAAACAGCUGCCGAAUCUCGUAAAAUUGAGGAAAUACGCCACGAACUAUCCAAACUGGAGAGUGAUCUUGCCGUGGAUGUGGCCCUGUUAAGAAAACAGAUUGACAAUGCUUGCAUAAACUUUGCCAAUAUUGAAAAACACUAUGUUAAGAUCGAGGCACAGUUUCUGAAGGCUAAAAUGGAUCUGCACAAUGCCGCAGAAAGGAAAGAACUACUAACAGAGCAUCUUUGUACGGUAAUUGCCCACAAUGAGGAUCGCAAAGCACAAAAACUGACAGAGCUUAUGCAAAAAGUGGGCCUGGCGCCAACGGAUGAGCAGGAUCCUGCGAAUAAUCAAUCGGAUGGGCCAACGGGGCCGGGAACUUAACAAAUUUAGCUAUUAACGAGGGGCUCAAAUAUACAAAUAUAUAUAUAUAUGCAUACUAUUUUUAAAGAUAAUAAAUUAAAAACUUUAAAUGU